CGCAAAAGCUUUCAAAAUGGCGGACGAGCUGGGGUGACAGACAAACAGUUUGGAAGAAAGAAGAAUACGGUGGACUUCAAUCGUAUUCCCUUGUUAAUAUGAGGAAUUUAAGGUAAGGAUAUUUUUUGGUGUAAGCAAGCCGAAUGACUGUAGUUAAUUGUUUAAUCGAAGCCUACGUUCGAGUGCAAGUGGAACAAUAACUGACGCACUGCUAAUCAGCUGGAUUCGAUCGAAUCGUUGUUUGAGAUUUUAAACCGCAAUUAAACUGUCGUAUCCCUCACUUGUUAAAGAGGUGGAAGAUGAUGGCCUAUAAUGUGAUGGAAAAUUAAGAAGAAAUGAUCUAGAAAUCUUUAUUCUCUGUUUUGAAUUUAGUAUUCGAAUACUGUAACGUAAAAUGAAAGUUGUUCCUAUCCGGCGCGACUGGGAAAACAGCCGACAUUUCACGACGCCACCAACGCAAUGUUGGUUGUUUUCUCAGGCUUCGUCAUGAUAAAAUGCUCGGUAUUUUCUUAUGUGAACCUCAUGUCAAGUAUGGAUUUCACUAUUAAAAUUUUAAGCAUUUCGUUUAACCCUUAAUGAGCUGAAAAUGAACUAAAGUUUAUCUCUUGACUCUAGCAAUUACGCUUAUUGUUUUGGUAUACUCAGCUGUCGCAUACUGUAACCUUAAAUUAAGUUUGUAUUAUUUUCUAUUUAAUCAAUAAAUCAAAAUCUGCUUUCAGUAGAGAACUGCACUACAUUUCCGUUAUGAUUAUUUGCCUCUUCGGAUAAUUUAUCAACAAAUGCGAGGUCAAAAAGGAGAGCUCGAUCAAUCUGUGAGCCACAUGCAUGAGAAAUCUGAUCUUUGAAUCUGCACAAAAUUCACGUGUUCAAAGAUUUAGUAAUGUCCAAAAGAUUGAGACCACCUUUUUUCUGAAGCCUUUUAAUAAUGAACAUUGUACACAUCCUCGUCAAAUCAGAUAUAAAAUUAUUUACUGCAUUUGCCCUUUCUAAACUUUGCAAUUUGUUCUUGAAACUAAGAUGAAAAAAAACUAAAGAUAUGAUUCUGUGUCUUCAUGUUAAUUACAUUGUAUUUUGUAUGAAAGGAUCAUUUACUGUAACUUUGUCUCCUAAUAGUAACUUUGUUGUGGAUCACAAUGUUUCAUCUAUGUAUUGCUGGUCCUCAUCGGGGAAAUAUGUGAAUUUACAAGUUAUCAGAUCUAUUCAUAAAUGUUAUAUAUUUAAAACAGAUCGACGUGCCAAGUCUCACGACUUUGUUGUGAGUCUCACAAUUUCACGACCUAUCUCAUGCUCUCACAUGUUGGCAACUAAUUUCUCACGCUUUCUCGCAAAGUCAAACUCCAAAAAUAUUUUGGAGCUGCAGAGUUGGUUUUCAAGAUAGAUAUCGAUAGAUAGCCAGCUCAUUGCAAAAGUAGCCUGCAGAACAGGCGCUUUAUGAGCCAAGCAAGGUGAACAUGGCAUUUUGUGCAAAACGCAAGAUGAGCAUGAGUCACGAGGCAAGCGGAGAGGAAAAAUAAAGCACCCGUUUCCAGUCCAAUGGUCUGGCUCUUCCAAUGUUCACCACAUGAACGUCGCUUUCCAAUAUUGGUUAAUUGAUGACGCGUUGUUCUGUAGAGAUUCUGGCUUAUUAGUCUGAUGCCCAGGCAUGUACUUGCAGAACCUAUUCCCGAACGAAGCACAGACUAUGAUUUGCGCAAUUCCUUUCAUAAAUUGAUGUUGCCCAGGCCGCGUACUAACUACUUGAAACGAAGUUUCAGUUACAGCAGUGCUUUGUUGUGGAACUCUUUACCCAAAAAUGUGAGAGAAAUUAAAUCAGUCAGGAAAUUUAAAGAGCAAAUCAAACAUGUAUUUGAGUCGUCGGACUCUCACUCGGCAGUCUUGUAAAACAGUCUGUCAAUAGUUUUUAGUCUAAUUAAUUGUGAUUAGAUUUUUACUCUAUUAUUACUGAAGAUUUUACCGAGUUUUAAAUAAAGAAUCUACCUACCUACCUACCAUCAUGCAGUCAUGUUCCUUUGACGAUGCUUUGCGAGAAUCUUUUCAUUUAGUUCCGAAUGUUUCAGAUAUAAAGGAAAAAGAAAAGAAAUAUUUAAAUUUAUUGCUUAAAAGGAAAGAUAUUCUUGGAUUGCUUCCAUCUGGGUUUGGAAAAAGCCAGCUGUUACUGAUUAUUACUACAGCAUUAACUGUAAAAGUGUAAUUUUGCCGAUCCAGAAAAUUCAAAAAGGGCAGGGGGACUUGCCAGCCAUAUGCAUGUGUCUGUACAGGCAUUCAAACAAUGAAUUACUGUAUUCUCUGUUUUGUUUCAGGUCCAAGAACUCUUUUGCAGCCUACUCUUAACCAUAACGAGGAAAAUGUUGGGUUUGAAACCUAACAAAGUUCAAGCAAUCAGUUCUGUUAGUCUGGCUGGACUUCCCACAGAUACAGCUUUUCGUCAAGGCUCUAGCAGGCCUCGUCGAUCAUCUAAAGGUUCACUCUCUGGGUCACUUCAUGGAUUUGAACAGAUAGAGGUAUGGUCUUCCGAUCAAUGUACCAGGAUUCACACAGUCUUGAUAAGUCCUUGAAUUUUAGGAGAAGUCCUUGAAAAGUCCUUAAAUUUCUCUGCAAGUCCUUGAAAAUUCCUUGAAUUUUCUUCAACUUUGAACAUGGUGGCCUAGAAAGUGUUUUUUAAUGCUUUUCGGGUUGUCAAAGACAGAACACAAUGUAAAUCAUAGCUCAGAGCAGUUAAUGGUGAUUUGCAUAAAGCGUUUUUGUUUUAUGCAAUUGUGAACUAUCAUUUUAAGACGAGAGAAAUGAGAAAUGUAGAGAAGUUGGUGGAGCAAACAGUUCAAGCCUUUAAGUCCGAUUAGAAUGGAUUGGGAAUGUGCAUUUUUGUACAAUCUGUGAAAUUACAUUCCUGGUAGAUGGCCCUUGAAAAUCAAAUGAGGUCCUUAAAAAAUGGUUGCAAUUCUUUGUAUGAACCCUGUGUACCAAUAAACUUGUUACCCUUGUCUGUGAUAAAAUUCAAUAUCAAGUUUAAUAUAUUAUAAUAAUUGAUCAAUCAGUGACCAUAAAUCCACUGAUUACAGAAGUAUAAUAAUAUUUUAUAUGAUAUAUACACUCUAUAUUGAAAUCAAACAUUAAUCUAUAUCCUUCUUAACACUUCAAGCUAUUUUUUCUUUGUGUUACGAGCUGAUGAUCAUGAUGUUUAAACAGCUUAAACUUUUGCAGUUUUUCCCCGUAAAUGGCAGUAGGAGGUUUUCAUCUUUAACCAAAAGAAAAGUAAGUGUAAAUGUUAUUAUAAACAAUAAUUUUAAACCAUUCUUAAAAAUUUACUUUGAUUACUGUAAGACUUGUACAGCAGUUUCUCAAGAGGCAAACUUUUUGGAUGUUUUAGCAUGACAUGUUUUGACUUUUUCUUCUGUCGUCAUUGUUAAAAUAAUAAUUAGUACAAAAACUAGAAAUAAGUAUAAAAUGCUGAGUUAUGUGGAAGGGUAUACAGGGAGUGACUGCAGGGGAGAUUUUUUCAUUAAAUUAAAAAAGACUGAAACAUCACUGAAGAAGAAAAAUGUAAUCAUAAAGAGCUUAAAAAGUACUCUUUAAAUAUCUGUCAUUUCUAAAAAUCAUAUGUACUGAAAAUGUGAGUUAAGUGAAGAAACUAACAUUUGAACUGCACUAACUGGAAAUAUGAGAUUAAUAUUUAGAUGUGGCUAAAUUUAAUUACACAGACCCUGUAAAGCAUAGUUAAAAACGAGACAAUACUGCCUGGUGGUCUCAAUCUCCAUCACUAAUCAUUUGUGAGGUGCGGUCUUGGGCUCUAACAGGGCUUUAGCAUAUUUGCAGUGCUUUGACUUUCGCUGAUGUCAAUCAUUUCACUCAUGCUGCUUUUGCUGCAGUACAUUCAGCCUAAACCAUUUUGACAUAAUGUGCAGAGCUCCUCAAGGAGUAUUUCUGUACAUGUCAAGCAGGGCAAAUACUUUAGCAUUUAGGCAGCAACGUUUAGCGCUGAUUUAACACUGUUUUGGAAUAUUUGAAGACUGCAACCACCAUGCAGUGCACAAUUUUUAGCUUUCAAUUCUUGAUGAACAAAAAACAAAGUUCAAAUCCGUUUUUCAAAGUUGGGCAAAAACGAAAAUCAAUAAGUAAAAUUUAAAUCUGUUUUUAAAAAAUCGAAAUGGAACUUGAAUACCAUUUUCCCAUGCCAUCAAAAAACAGUUGGCACUAAGGUACAUGCAUUUUAGUGACAUUCUACUUGUCUAUGAGCAAUUUUUCCCUCUUGUGCAGCUGGUUAACCGUGAAAUGUCUUUCAUUUGGAUAUAGCUGUAAUAUUCACGGCUUCUGAUAUUUUGCACGGUUACAGAGCUGCAAAAUUCAGGUAAAUCCGCAAAAUCCCACGAAAUUCACAAAUACACACUCAAAAAUGCCGCAAAAUUUGGCAGAAAUCUUAUCGAAUACAUGUUUGUACAACAUAUUUGAAACUUAUGUCAGCUAUUGGGGCUAUUGUGAUAGAUUAAGCCCGGUUUCCAUAUGAUCACUAUGAUCACUGUGAUCGCUGUGUUCGCUGAGAAAAAAAAGUUCAGCGAUCAUAUGGAAACCAUUCUCCAGCGAUCGCAGCGACAACAAUCGCUGAGAUAGAACUUUUUAUUUCUCAGCGAUCAUUGUCGCUGCGAUCGCUGGAGAGUGGUUUCAUAUGAUCGCUAUGAUCAAUGCGAUCGCUGAAGUUUUUUUUUUUUCUUCGCGGUCGCAGCGAUCGCAGCGAUGGUAGCGAUCAUAUGGAAACCGGGCUUUAAUUUGAUCAUGGCAUAUUUUAAAUGUAAGGAUUGCUUACAGCGAAACCUGUGUAUCAUUAUGAAAAAGCCUUGAAGGCUAGUGAUAAUGUAUGGUCCGCCUCAAUAAGUGCAGUAGUUUGGUAGAGUGUGUUGAUUUCAGUGACUUGAGAUGAGCUACUAUGGGCUGUUUAGAAUAAAUAACAUAAACUUAAAAUGUUCGUUUGUCCGGGGCGAAAAUAUCACAAGUCAUGAUGAAACGGCGCCGCCGAGCUUCACAUCUCGGGAGAUUUACUUUGUGGCACAACGGCCACAGAGCUUGACAACUCUGUAGAUUUACUUUGUGGCACAAUGGCCGCCGGGCUACACAACUGGGUAGAUUUACUUUGUGGCACAACGUCUGCUCAAAUUUUUGAAAGAUGAACGUUUGUUUCAGCAAACACAGAUCAAUAGUAAACCUUCAGCUAACUCUUGAAAUAUGUACGCUUAAUGAAGAUUCAGCAAACUUAUAAAAGAUGAACGCUUUACAAAGACAGAAUAAAAGACCUCAGCAAACGCUCGAGGAUGCACGAAUCAACACGUGAGUUACCGGUAGUUGGUCAAAGUGAGGCAAAACGUAAGCAAGUGCCUUAAAGCGAGGGAAAUGUGUGUCGACGACGACGACAAAUGCAAUCUCGCAAAAACCUCCCUUAUUAAUUGUACAGGGUACCCAAUAAUGCACAGAACGCCCAACACAAAUUAGGGGUUGCGUUCUCGUACCUCGAACGCAAUAAUUUAUGAAUAAUUUUUGAGUUCAGCACGGUGGUAGCACUAUGUUUGAUUUCAAGUCGAUCUACUACUGUGUAGCAUGCCAAGGCUUGCCGUGCUAAAAGUAGUUGCAUGACUUGGUUUCAAACAUCGCACUACUGCCGUGCUAAAGUUGAAUUUAAUUUGAUCAAUUGAGUUCAACACAGCAGGAGCACGACAUUUGAAAUGAACCUAGCAGUCGUAGAAUAUAUUACAAAAAACUGGACACUAGCCAUGAUGUUAAAGGCUUUGCCUUUGGUUCAUUUCUGGAGCGUAUUAUUGUUGAAAGAGCAAAAAAUAUGAUGACCUCUGUUAGGAAAACGUUAAAAACGCUGGUCUGAUCAGCGCAAAACCAAUCGAUUUCAAGCGAAAUUUUCUGUUUUUUACCUAUUGCUUUUUGGUGAAAUUUGCCCCGAAAAUUCCCGGGAAAUUAGCCCAUUUUCCUGCAAAUGUGUCCCUAAAAAUCCCUCGAAAUUUGACUUUUUUUACCAUCACCUAUCAGAAGAAGACGUUUAAACUGUUUACUUGAGUUGCGUGAUGUAGUGCAUAAAUAUUUCUGCUCAACAUUUGUUAUGAAUAAAAAGAGAGUUAAUUACCCAAUAGGAAAUUUAAAAAAUACAUGUAUUCUGGUGAAAAGUUGCCUAGGUUAAAACCUUGUAACUUAAGUGAAAAAAUUAAAUUUGCCUAAAAAAAAAUUUUACCAGCAACACAUUCAUAAUAAGUUUCCCAAUAUUUUUUUAUUUUGAUUUAAACACUGAACCAGAGCAUUUGUUAAAAAAUAAAGUGAUAAUCAUAUGGAAAUAAUAUAAUUACUUUAUUAUGAUUUUGUUCUCUUACAGUAGAUAAAAAUCUCACUUACAAUAAUUAUGAUAAGAUACUAAAAUAAUAAUAAUAAAAAAAAAUAAUGAUAAUAAAAAAUAAUACUAACUAAACCUCAAAUUUAAAUAAAAAAUGGUUUUAAGCAUGCUUUGAAAUGAUUUACAGUGUACAACAGAUGGGACGUUUUUCAUUAAACAAAAAUUGUUCCAAAGUGCAGCCAGGCAAGAUGCAACCUUUUGUGCGGCAACCUUUGUUGCCUGCCUUUCUUUUUUUUUUCACUCUAUUCGUGAGAACGUUAUAGUCGACUCUCAUCAGACUUUAAUCCAAUAUUUCUGUACUAAUGUAUUUUUUUUGUUUGUUUGUCCAAUCAUAAACUUGUCUAAGAAUGGUAAAAACUGUAUAGCUAACUUAAGAUUUUUUAAGAUUUUUAUUGAUAAUUUUAAAAGCAGUGUCAAACUUAGAUGAGCAAAAUCAUGACAUAAAUAAUAUUUCUGCUAGGUUUUUAAAACAUAAAAUACUUAAAAUGAAUGGUGUCAGCUUACCAACUGUAGCUUGAGUAAAAAAAGGCUCGUGUUAGAAGACAAUACACAAAAAACGAUUUUGGCAAGAAUUAUUCAGUUUUUUAGUGGAUAGGUAAGUUGGAUAAACAAUGAUAUUUUGAUUUACAUAUCCUAAACCAAGUAGUAAGUUUGUUUUCAAGAUGCUAUUUAAGUACACAUGUACGUGUAUGUAAAUGUAUUUUAUUUGCAAGGGAAAGAAAAUAAGAAUGUUUUGUAUUCAUUGCCGAUUAAUUACCAUACAUUUUUGGCAGAUGUAACUGUAAACUUGCUUAUUAAAUCUUUUUCUGGUUUAAGAAGUAUUCAGUGACUUCCUUGUACUGUAUUUGUAAAUUACUCUUUUUUGAAACAGAACACUUCUCCUCACAUUGGUUUGAUAUUCUUGUUUGGUCUCUGGUCAGUUGAGUAUAGUUGUGUAGGCUUUGAAAAGCCACCAUGAUAACAGAUGUUUUUAUUCUAAAUAUCAUUUUCGUUUUGUACUUGUACAUGUAUUAGUAUGUAAGUGCCAACAGUUUAUAUAGCUGGGAGUCUCCAAAAUAUAUAUGUAGAAAUUGCUUGUAACUCUGGCUGUUAACUAUUCUGAAAAUGCAAAAUUUAUUUCUGAAUAAAUUAGAAAUUUGGGGAAACUUGAUCCUUUGAUAUGCUAAUUUGUGUCUGUCACUCUUUUCACUGCCAGUUGUUAAAUAGUUUUGGUUUUUGCUUGGUUCAGAAGUUACAAGUAUAAUGCGUCAACAAUGAGUGCUAAAUGGUAUUGUGAGAAUUGUUUCUCACACUGGUAUUGCACACGUACAAGGAUUGCACACUGAAUUUUGGUAACUUAAAUUUCUGGAAGGUGGAAAAGCGUCACAGCUUGUAACUAACUUUUCGUUUUGUUGUGAAUUAUCUGAGAAAGUAGCUGUGGUUUGUGGUUGAAACAUGAUAGAAUCAUUUUCACCACUUUAUCAGCUUGAUAACCAUGGUAGCUCAGUAUCUCUUAAAAGAUUUGGACAGAUGGUGAGUUUCUCUAUCUUGAAAUCUUUUUCCUUGAGGUAAAAUUAAAAUUCAAACUUUGGUUCACAUUAUAAUUUUAUGCAUAUAGAAACUGAAGAUAAAAACAAGCAUGGCAGAAUAUUGUUGCCAUUGAUGUACACUGUACUGUGGUUAUGCUUCCUCUAGAAAUGGAAUGGAGCCCUAUAUUAUAAAGUUGGAAUGUUUUCUCUUUUUUUGGUAUUGCAUGUUUAGAGUUGGUUUUAAAUCAGGAUGUGAAAUAUGCUAAGAUCGGUUAAUCUUGAAUUUAUUUUAAUUAAUGUCUAUUGAAUGUUUUUCACAUAUGACUGGUUAUUAUCAAUCUGAAUGAUAAAUUAAAUCUGACAAUGUUGAAUAUUUCAUUAACAUUGAAAAGUUUGUCAAACUAUACAAUACGAUAAAGUUAAGUUGUCCAGUAUUUUCAUAGAAAUAGUAGCUGGGCACCCUGGAUUUCACAGGUUUAAGUAACGGGGCCCCCUUCAAUUUUUCUUAGAGCACAGCCUUCUUGUACAUGUAGUGUGCACUGUCCUAUUACACUGCGUCCUGUCAAUGCUUAAGUCAGGACAGUAUGACUAAUGAAUAAGUGUAUUACCCUCUUGAAGUUAUUCUCGUUGAAUAAAAAAAGUUGUAUAGUAGUUAGAGUCGUUCUCAUCUUCGGAUUAUUGCUUUUUUUUUUUUUUUUUUUGAAAUGUUCAUUCACACUAUUUACUAACAGUACUGUAUUAAAGACAAAUGGUUAAUUUAAGGAAGUAAGUCCCUCUUAAAGAAAUUCCUGAUGGCUGAGAUGAGUAGAGCCACAAAACCUUAUGAUAUACCAUAGGAAAUAUUGCUCACAACCGUUUAAAUUUUUUUCCAGAAAAGUAAGAAAUCAUGGAUUGCUGGUAACUUUCGGUGUCGGGAGUGUAUAAAGAUCAUCAAAGAUGGCAAGAAACUAGCCUCUGGAGAGUAAGUUGGAAAAAAUAUGAACUGUUUGGUCUUAACUGUUGAUUUUGGGGAGAGGGGCAGAGGGGGGUUAAUAGGGGAAGAGUUAGGCUGGUUCUCCAUCACUGCAGGGGGUGGUACCCCCAUUAUCGGGUAUACAGGUACAUGUGCCACUCAACAAUGGUACAAUGUAUAAGGAGGAGGGAGGGAGGGUUAGGGUGACUCGGGUUAGUCCAGGUCUCUCCCCCAGGGGGUACCCCCAUUACAUGUGCACAAAUUGUAUAAUGCUAGACUGGUGCAUGUGCCACUUACCAUGGUAUGCUUUUUGCUUCUAACCCAAGAAUAGCAUAUAAAAGGGGUCCUUCAGUUUUACUGUGGAGUAAAAAAGUUAAAAAGAACCUAUUUCUCUAAAACAAAGCAGAAUUCAGUAAAAAAAAAAAAUGUAACAAUGUUUGUCAUAUCAAAACAAGUCAGUCUUCCAAAAAUUGCAUGUAGCUUGAUCCUACAAAAAAAGAAAAUCAACCCCAAAAACGACAUACAGUACAUCCCUUCUGUGCAGGGAACCCUUGUUAUUCUUGAUCAAGGUAAACCUUGAUGUAGGUAAAGAAUUUUUGCAUCAAGUGUGAUGUCACCUAAUUAAACAGCAGGUUUGAGCUAUUCUUCACCAAAAAAUAAUCAUGACCUGAUCUCAUUUUGGGAAACAAGUUCAACCAGAUUAGUGGAGGUUGUGUUUGUGCUCAAGUGGCAGUGCUCUGCCAGUUCUUCAUGCUAGAGGACACAAGUUAAAGACCUUAAAAAGCAAAUUUUUUGCCUACAUUUUCUGCUUUUAUUAAGUGCUAAUGGUUAUAAACAAUCUGUUUUUAGAGAUUAUGUUUGUAAGUGUGGCAGAAACAAGUCAGAUCAUGACAGACGUGUCGCAAGGGAAGACACCAGUAAUGACCAGUGGACACCUGAAAGGUGUACAAGACAGCUGCCAACCAAUGCUUAUGGUGAGAUAGACUUCCUGGGACAGGGCAAACAGGCGAAAAGAUCACCGGUUAGUUUGAGUUUCUUUUUGUGUUUCAGGGUGUGGCUUUUCCUUAGGCCUUGUAACCUGUGGACUUUCUUUACACAAAGUUACUUCAGGGCAGAAAUUAUUGAAAGUUCCCUGUCUGUCUCACAACACUCAUCAUCUUUAUAACUGAUCAUGACUCAAGUGUUUUUCAGGUUUGUCUGUUUUAUCCCAGUCCUAUGAUGAUGUGCAAUGUAUUUCAUCUGCACUUCAGUAUGUCGUUGUGUCUUGCGACACUAAAUGCUUACAGGGUUUCAGUAGUGUAUACAGGGUGUUUCAAAAGUUUCUUGCGAUUUUUUAUGCGCUAAAUUUCACUAAUUAUUAAGAAAACCUUUUGCAAAACUUAGUGUGUUAUUCAUUAUUCAGUUAACAUUGAAUAACUUAAAUAUUAGUAACCAGAAUGUCUUCCUGUAUGUUUUCUGACAUUUUCUAAGCGGUGAGGUAUAGAGUGUAUGAGCUCCCAAAGCGUUCCCAAAGUCACAUUCUUCCAGGCGAAGUGUAGUCACUGUCUUAGCUCGUCUAGUGUUUUGGGGGCUGGAUCUUUGUAUGUUGUCUCGUCUACGAUAUACCAGAUGGUCUCUAGGGGGUUCACAUGACAUGAGUUUGCCGGCCGGUCCUCCUUUGGUAUAAAGAUGGCAAAUCCUUCUGACACCAUGCUUGCGUGAAGUGUGCACCGCCUUUUGUCCUUCAAGGCUUUCCAACCUUUUUUUGGUAACUUAUCCCCUUGCCGUUGUGCCCGAAACUUUGAUCGAUAAUGUGAAGUUGAAAUUUUUUACCUUUCUGUUUUGUGAAAGUAUUACACAUAUACUUACAGCUUUUUCGAUUAAACACUUCUCACACAGUUUGUGAAAAAUUGGCGAUCCACUCCUUGGUUUGUCUUCUAAGGUCUUUACUUUUAACCACGUGUUCGGUCAUCAUUCAGACUUCCUUAACAAUUAGACAAUUUUUUUUUACUGAAUGGUCAUGGCCAGGAGACCAUAAAAAUAGAUGCCUGAGCUCUAGCACAAACAGUGUAGGCCUUCAUUUCCAUGAAGGAGUAGAGAAAAUAAAAGAAAACGAUAAAAAUACUAAUUUUAAAAAUAGAAAACCUACAAAAUGGGUAGGAAAAGUAUGGCGGGUAAAACCUCGUGCACGGGGCAAAAAUUAAAAAAAUGUAUAAUUUCUUCAAAUUUAGUUUGAAAUUGCUUUGAACGGUUAUUUAGAUAAAUUUCUUACCUGAAACAGGUUACAUUUGCCUAAAGAAGCAUUAAGUGCUUUGCACAAAAUACAAUUUACAAUCGGAACGAACUUUUGAAAUACCCGUACAUCAUGUCCUUCUGUGUUCAAAAGAUCCCAUGUGGUUUGUCAAUAAUAUAAUCAGUCAUUGAUCUAAAACUUUAAGCAGCAUGAUAAUCAAUUACACUGAAUACUGAAUCCCUUUAUGUGAAAACUAUGUUCCUUGCACUUAAGUCAAACUACAUUGUAAUUUUUGCUUUAUUUUGUCUGUCUGUCUAAUGACACUUAUUUCAAACCAUUAUGUUUAUGCUGUAGUAUGUCCGUCUGUCCCAUGACACUGAUGUCCAGCUGAUACUGAAGUUAAUGUUGGAUAGAUGGGAUUUGGAGAUUCCAAAUUUGGUGAUUUCUGUGACAGGUGGUGCCAAGAGUUUUGUUCUUAAGCCCAGAUUAAAGGAAGUAUUUAGAAGAGGUCUGAUUAAGGCGGCCAAGUCAACUAGCGCAUGGAUCAUCACAGGUUUGUUUCUCUUUGCAAUUCCAUGCUUGUAUAAGUACAUGUACAUAACUGUAUUGAUAUAGAACUAUUUAUUUGUGGUUAGGCUAGUUUUGAUUAACAAUAUACACUGUUAUAGCCCAUUAAUACAGACACUGAGGGGUUCAUGGAAAGUGUGUCUGUUUAGCAAGUUGAGUUUAAAUAGAUAAAUAAGGUGUUAGGUGUUAGUUUCCCAAUUCCAACAAUGUGAUGUUCACAAGGAAAUUUGCCUUUUGUUUGUUCAUUAGUGCUGCAGGCAUAUGCACGUGGUUAGUGGGAAAACUAAGACCCUGUUUACAUGGAGUGGGGGACCCCGGUUUAGUGGGGUAGGUUUCUUUUGUUUUGUGUCCCCCAGAGCGUGAAAACAAAAGAAACCAACCCCACUAGACCGGGGUCCCCCACUCCAUGUAAACAGGCCCUAAAAGAAACAGUUCUCAAGGGUAACAUCACAUGAACUAUUCUAAAAAAUAAUAACAUCAAGUGAAAAAGAUUUAUUGCGACUGCAAGUCUCGUUGUUGUGUGCAUUAAUACUCCUUGUAAACUUUAUCCGAGAGUGCUUCACAGAUACUACAGAUAUAACCUUCAAGAUCAAUAGUUUGGAAAGCUCACCAUGAGAGUUUAUAGCCACCUACAAAGAUGAUAUAGAAGGUUUUGUCACGCAUUCUUUCCUGGACAACACGUGACAAGCCCCUAAAAAUGUGUUUCUGCUUUCAUACAGCAACACUGUUGAUGCUUUCAUAGAUUCCAUUGUCUUUUUUUAACUGAUGUUUUUGUGCUGGGUUUUUGACAAUAAAGGUGGCACAAAUGCUGGAGUAAUGAAACAUGUGGGUGAAGCUGUGAAAGAACAAGAAAUCACAUUUGGUAGUGAAGACAAGGUCAAUGUUAUUGGUGUUGCUUCAUGGGGCAUUGUUGACAGAAAAGACUCACUGAUAGCCACUAAGGUAAAACUAUCAUGUACGGUAAUGUUGCUACAGUUGUCUGUGGACUGCUUGGAUAUAGUUCCUUCUAACAGCGUCAGUGUUGAAAACUGAGAUACUUCAGGAGUUUGUGUACCUCUAGGGUAUAGAUGAGACCAUGGCUGAUUUUGUAUGCCCCGCUUCACGUGGGAGCCUGCUCGUAGGCUGUUCUGUGCUUUUUCUCCAGCACCCCGCCUUAAAAGUCCGUGUUCCCCACCAAGCCUUGGCAAAGCCUGUGGAAGAAGCUUGGCCAAAGUGCAGAGUUAUACUGGCAGCUUGCAAACUCAGCUACUUAAGAGAAAGGAAUUAAAAAUCGUUGGUUGUAUUUAACUUCGAGUUGCAGUUUUUCACCAGAUGUUCUGUUCUAUGCUUUGUUUAGGACAAGAAUGGUCUAUACCCAGCCAUGUACCGCAUGGAGAAUGUCCCAGGAUCCAGUGGGGCCCUCUUAGACUCCAAUCAUUCUCAUUUCUUACUGGUUGAUAAUGGCACCGAAGGGAAAUACGGUGUGGAGAUUGAUUUACGGUCAAGAUUUGAAGAGGCUGUGAUGAAGGUUAAGACUGACUCUAGAUCGGCUGCAGGUACAGUAGAACAAGUGCAAGAGCUGUGUCAUGAAAUUUAUCAAAAUUUACGGUGGGAAAUGCCAGUUAAUAUGAGUGAAACAUGAAUAUAACCAUGCAAAACACGGGUGACCCUAGCACUGUUGUGUAAGCUUCAUAAUGUAAGGAUUUGUAUGGGGAAAAAAAGUUAUUUUUGUAACCUCUCUUCAGCUGUGUGUUACUUCUUUCCUGUGUAGUCCCAAGCCGAAUUAUGGCCAUUCUAUAGGUUUUAUUAGAACUAGUUUACCCAUAAAAUGGCCACAGAUCGGCUCGGGAACCACGCUUUACAAGACUCCCCCUUCCCACCUCUCCACUCCCGCCCAAGCCAACCCCACCCCACUUACCCACAAUUUGGCAGUAGUGACCAGCUGUAAUUAACUGUGGGCAGUACACAUUUUUGUGAGAUAGAUAGAUAUAAGGAAUUCAUAUAAACUGAACUCAACUAUAAACAUAUCUUUUUAUGCACUGCCAAAAUUGUUUUUCGCAAGAGCCAUUAUGGACAGUGGUUUUAAUCUUUUUACAGGUGCGAUUGGUGUACCUGUGGUACUGUUAGUACUAGAAGGUGGACCAAACACAGUCCGUACCAUGUGUGAACUGAUUAAAAAGAAAAUCCCUGCAGUGGUGGUAGACGGUAGUGGUCGAGCCGCUGAUGUGGUUGCUUAUGCUUACAGCCACACCAUCAAAAAAUGGUGAGCAUUCAUAGCCAUCUUUGUAAAUCCCAGAGUGAAGACCGAAAACUUAAAAAAUUUCCAGCUCGCGCUUUGCGCUCGAGAAAAAUUUUGAACUCGACUUGUGGGCAAAUCUGGGAUCGUUCGUUACUGGGAACGCGCCAGUCAACUUUUGAUUGAUUUUAUUCUUCGAUCAAGUAAUAUGUUUCUUCGGUUUUUGUUGUUGUGGUUGUUUUUUGUCUAUUUGCACCCGCCCCACGCUUGAUGUAUACCGAUUCCGUAUUUCCCAUACCAGUCAUCGCACAUGGUGCACCUUAGGGACGGACCAUUAGAAAACUUAUUGGGGGGGGCGAAGUAAAAAAAAAAAAUUCGCGCAAGGGAAAAUUAAAUGAAAAAAAAAUUCAUGCACGCCAAUUAACCCUAAAAAAUAUUCAUGCUAUGGCCUAAAAAAAAUUCAUACAAGGAAUUUGAUAACGAAAAAAAAUUCCUGCGGCUCGAAAAUUCCCCUCCCCGCCCCCCCCAUAACUUUUCUAAUGGUCAUUCGCAGCUGUUAUUAGGGUCGUCACGCAACGCUCUUCCCCGCUUGGGAGGAGCGUGGCGUGAUGAUCCUAAUAACGGCUGCGAAGGAGACAAAGGUGCACCUGUUCUCGAGCACUUUUAGUUUUCUAACGUUAUCUGUAUUUACCCCAUGCUUGUCAUCACCAAAUUCUGAACGUCAAUGAUUUAUCAGGGACUUGUUUUCCCACAUUGGCCGCAGCUUAUGAUUUUGCCGCUUGUUGCUGUUUUUUUUUUAACUGCGCUUGAGUAUAUGCUUGUUUUCCAACUCACCUUUCCCAUAUUUUGCGCGAGUUGCAUGAUAUUUGACCGUUUGUAUUUCGUUGCCCGGACAGCAAGAUUUCCCGCGCAGCUUAAAAUGUUUGUUUUUUUUUUGGUUGGUUGAGUUUUUUGGCGUAGCGUUCUGUUUGGUUUACACUCUUACAAUGUGAAUUGUUUCUCAUAAUUGACCUGAGGUGUGAAUUGUCUUUUAUUUAUUUUAAACAAACUUAUCAUUUGGUGUUAACUACUUAGUGAAGGAAAAACCGCUAUCAACAUCAUCGACCCAGCGUUUGAAGGCAAUGUACGAGCCAAGGUGGCAGAAGUGUUCCCCUUUAUGAAGCCGGAAGAUGUCAGUAAACAUUACCAGAUGAUUGAACAAGUGCUCGAGGACGAAAAAAUGGUGAGCAACUUGUACUUGCAACACAUAAUCUUGAGAUUCCUAUGGUACUCAAGGGUGACCUUUCGUGGUACUCAUUUCGUCGUACGUCUGCACUUUUUGCGCCAUCUUGAAUAAUUUAUCUUGCCGGGCACAAGAAUGUUAAAUACAAUUAAUUUGACAUACGAUCUUAGCAAUGGUUGCGUGACGCAAUGGAUAAUGCGUUACCCUUACACGUCCAAGGUCUUGGGUUCGACUCCUGGCGGAUGAGACUUUUUUCUUUUUUUCGUAGUCGCUUUGUUUUGUUUUGUUUCUUUUUUAAAAAAACAUAUAGGAAGCGUUUUGCAGUAUCAAUUUAUUAGGAAACAACGUUACAUUUGACAGUAAACCUAUAAAAGCUCGAACGCACUUCCUAAUCUGAGAUUACUACUAGUAUAAACAUUUUGAGAAAGACUCCCAGUAGGCUGCAGUGCAGGUGUGUUUUGGGCGGGCGAAAACUGCUUGUUUUUGUUUGUAUUAUUGUAGCCGCCAUCUUUGAUUUAAGACAGAGGAAGUUUGGGGAGAGUAGAAAUAGCAGCAUGGCGCUUUCGCGAGCAAAAAGACGGAAGGUUUCGCGCAGUUGGUUAGUGCGCAGCUUUCUCUGCGGGAGAUCCCCAGUUCGAUUGUGACGUCAAAUCCUUCUUUCCACUCCUUUCCUUUCCGUGCAGCUUUAAGUAGCUUUAAAUACCCGUUAAACGUAGCCGCACUGUUGGAGAGAGGGGGACCGGGGGGGUGUAAAAUGAGCGCACCAUCGGUCUCGGGUUUGUUGGUCAGAUGACCAUUUCGAGCUACUGACGUAAAAUAAGGACUCUUUACCUUCGCGCGCCCAAAGAAAACGCUUGCACUGCAGGCUAGACUCCCAAUGCGAGUCACACCUAUGACCUUCUUGUCACUCGUAGUCCAGAUGCUCUACCACUGAGUUGCAGGAGACUCGUACGAGCUAAGGCCACUAAACUAUGUGCAUGUCAUAUUUUCUUGCAAUAAUUUUUUAUUCAAGAGAGACAUGAAGAUCGUGGAAAAGUUGGAUCAUUGUUUUGGAAAAGGUUUUAUUCGGGGCUCCAAAAAUACUUGAAUUCCAUACAGCUUGUCCUCUGGGCAAGCAGCUCUCACAUUUUGUUUGCUUAGGACCACUUGACUUCUUACUUGUCUUGUUAAUGAUUUUGUUAGAGAAUGUCUUGCCUGAACUCUUGCCCAUUGGGCAAGUGAGCUACAAAAGUUACUCGCCCAGCAAGAAAAUCUACUUGUCCCAGGCUAACAGACGGGAUUUUUUUCAAGCCCUGUUACUAUGUUAAACUCAUCCUGUCGCGUUUGCUUCAGAUUUCAAUAUACAGGCUUGACGAUGAGACCAACACAGUAUCUCAGGAGAUUGAUCUUGCAAUUUUGAAAGCCCUCUUGAAAGGUAUGUUCAGCUGAGUUGUUCCUUAGUUUGUCUGGCUUCAUGUCUUAGAACGUGAAUUAAUUCUUUACCCAGUUGGUUUUUUCGCUGAUGCGUGCGAGGUGCUUUUUCUUGAACGUAGGUUAGAAAAGGAAGUGAGAUCCAGACAGAGAGAUAGCAAAACAGGUUAGAAGUAGGUUAUUUAGUUAGCGUGGCAUGGUACCUGGUGGCUGCCAUAUAAUAGGCAACCUAAAGCAGCUAUGUCACGAGGAUAUCCCUGUUUUAUGUGUUUACAUUCGGCUGAGCUAAACGUGGAGGCAAAUGACAGACAACGUAAAUACUUUCCUAUUGGUAUGAACACACGUGAGCCGCUAUGGCGUUAAUUGACUCUAUUGUUAUUGGGUAUAUAAGGUUUUGACAGUUGUAAUGUAUUCAUCUCAGCUCUCGAACUAUCAACUUAUAUUUUUAUAUCUUACUUUAUUCAUCUAUCGAUUGAUUUUUUACCUUUAACCCCCAGAGGUUGUGCGACCUCAUCGGUUGGGGAAUACGUUCCCAAUUUUUUUCCCUUUGGGUUUUUAGGUUUUCGUAUCAGGCGGCGGAUGUGAGCUGUUUAGCCUGAGUGACUUUAUUAAGGAAUAUUUGUCUACCAUUCUUUAGUUAUGAUGUUGAACUUUGUAUGUUAUUUGGACGGCAAUAAACACUCGGGCUCACAGUUCGAGCUGUUCACCCAGUCCCGUCUCUUUUUCGUGAAUAUAAAUAGGAAGGUUAAUUCUUUGCCGAAGUCAUUGCUUAGUACCUAUACUCAUUCAAAAAAUACUCAUUUAGAGUUAUGAAGAAGAUCUGAAACAAAUUUCGGGCCGUAACCAUGAUAAUUUGGGGGGGCGGGAUUUUUGUAGGCAUAGCAGUAAAACGCCGACUUUUUCAAGUCCCAAUCCAUGUCUAUCCUUGCCAUCCGUAGCAAAAGACACAGGAAAAAGUUUCAGUGCCUAAAUAUUGUCUUACAGAACAAAGCUGUACCAUUAUUUUUGUUAUUCAGUUGAUGCGAAGAUACGUUUUAGCAACGAUUCAGCAACGAUGAUGGCGACAGCAACGAGAACGUCCAGAACGAACUAAUAUGUUUUGUAAACAAAACAACAACUCUACCCAUACAUUUUUUGCCUUCCGCUACUCGAACUUAGCCUGCGUCGCAUCGAGUUCUCUAUCUAGGCCCAGGGGGUGUACUCCCGCAAAUUUUGGAUAGGGGUGUGCCGCAAAGGUUCGUGAACCCUAACCCUAUUUAAGGAUUAAGAAAGCGAAAACUGAUACCCUUUCUAAGGCCAAAAGCCGAAAUUGACACCCUAUUCAAGGAAAAAACAAAAUUAUUAAUAGUAUAGAAAGGAAAACUUUAUUUCUUCUCUGUAACAUUGGAUGUAUAGCAUCAAGCAUAAAAUACUAGAAUAAGCCUAGUUUAAAAAAAAAUGUUCGUUUAGGCGGGCGUUUUCACACUCCAGUAUUAGAUACUACAAUUAAGCUACCCUAUCUAAGGACCACACCAGGAACACAGAAACAAAAGGGUCAAAAAAGAUACCCUAUUUAAGGACUGAGAACAGCAAAAACCAUACCCUAUUCCGCGGCACGUACCUAUAUAGCCCAUAUAUGGGAGUAGCCCCCCCGGGUAUCUAGGUCUCAAGUGACAAGUCUAACGACAACGCGGGCUAGCACGACUGUGACGUGAAGUUCUCUAAUAAACGUUUAGGUUAUGGAGGACGCAAACACUCGACGACCUAUUUUAACUCUUUCUUAUCUUGGGCGCAUUUGGUGAGACUGAAUUUAUUUCCAGAUAAGCCAUCUUCAAUGCAAAUAUAUGUACGCUGCGUAACAGGCGCCAGUUUUUCAGGACAUGUGGAGCAGGCAUGGCUAAUGGCGACAAAUUCGUGUUAUUAGAGACACCUUUUAACGCUUUAAUCACCGCCUUUGUUGCUAAAUCUGUGAAAGCGUCUGGGAUAAUCUGUUCGUUACAACGAGGUACAUUGGGGUCCUGUUUCGCACAUUUUGAUUAAACUAAGCUGAAGAACAUCGCUUGUUAUUAAAACAACUUAAUUAGCUUGAUGCUAAAAAACAUCUUCUGAUUUUGACAGCAAACAAGUCCAGUCAGUUGAUGCAGUUAAAUUUGGCGUUGGCGUGGAACAGAAUUGAUGUGGCCAAAAGUGAAAUCUUUACAGACGAAACACACUGGACGGUAAGUUCUACACUUUGUUGCUUUCAUUCUCGUGCAACGUUUCGCCACAUGUAAGGAAACCCAGGAAAAGUCUUGGAUCCUGGAUUCCACGCCACGGAUCUCGGAUUCCAGGUACUGGAUUCCAGUCUUUGUCAGUGGAACUUGGAUACUGGAUUCCAAUCGUUAGUGGGAUUCCGGAAUUCCUUGAUUCCAAAGCCCAGGAUUCCGAAUUCCACAAGCAAAAAUUUCACGGAUUCCUGUUUCCUCAUUCCCUUACAUGGGGUGAAACGUUUCUUGGUUGAAUUCAAGUGAACAUUUUUUUAAUCGUCUCUUGAUGUAGCAUGCAAUUUGACCUCAGUUGGUUGGUAUCCUGCUGGGGAGGGGUACGCCGGGACUCAAUUCUCGACCUGACCAACACUCAGGAUCUUUAUAUAACCAUAGUUAAUCAAAGUGGAAUGUUAGGGAAACCCUUUGUAAUAGGUUUUUGUUAGCUUUUUUGGACCUGACGUGCACAACGUUCAAUAGCAUUCCUAUCAUUUUGAACUUACUGACCAAUAGAAACAUUACAUUAAUUUAUUCAGUCAUAAUUUGUGAACAAAAAACAAAGGAUUGUAGACGGUCAGGGAGCUUCCAACAUAAACUGCAGCACCGUUGUUUUCAACUUUGAUGUUUGCCGGCUUUCCUGCUUUGACUUGUGUGAUUGGUUACACCAUCUGGUGUCUUUUCGGAUAAGGACCAAAAACCAUCGUGUGCAUUCACAUAGCCUGGGACCCGGCCCCGCAGUGGGUGGAAAAGGCGGCGUAAAAUGAAAGACAGGCGAGUGGAUCGAGGCGAGCGAUAGUCUGGGAAAGGGAAAUGGUGGCUUCGCUCGCCUUUUUUUUUGCUAUUUCUCUCCGUUUUUUUGCCGUUUCCCCUUACUGCGGAACCUGGUCCCAGGCUAGCAUCCACAGUUACUAUGAAUCGUAAAGAGUCUUGAAUUCUUGAAAACGUCUUGAAAUUUGCAAAGUAAUGUUCCAGACCUGGAAGAACAUCCAGGAAAAUAGCGAUAAAGUCUGGAAAAAUGGUAAAAAGUCUGGUGCUUUUUUCAAAGCUACAACUAGUGCAUAGUGAGUGAAGUUUUUCCCGUGGUCAAAUCUUAUUCUAUCUCGCCCGUAUCCAAGAUAUUCACGUUGCACGGUGGUUACUGUACGUUUGCUUGCAUCACGAAAAAGCUUUGUUCCUAUAUUUUUCAAGGUCUCUGUUGAUCAGCUUGCUAUUCGAUAACCCUGAGUCUGGAAAAAGAAAUUAUCGUUUUGGAAAAAAGUCUGGAAAAAGUCUUGAAUUUUGGAUCUAAAAAUCUAUACGAACCCAACCCUGACAGUACUUACUCUGAGACGUGAAAGAACCACCAAGAACAUAAACCAAAUGUCUGUCGUAACCCCUAGUGUUUAUAUCACUUUACCUUCUCUCUGUGAUGCAUCGAUAGCUCAUUACUUCAUUUGCAAACUUCAACUUGCGCCUACAAGCAUUCGGACAAAGUACCCCACGCAGUGUUGUAAAUUAUCGCUGAAAAGCCCCAAUUGUAGAUAAUAAGAUAUUUUAUUCGUAUUGAUUUGACCUCUUAUUGAGGGUGUUUCUAUGAAAAAGAAAGACGAUCGCAACCCAGGAUUAAACCCUGACCUGUCGUAUCCCACUCUCUUUCCCUUACCACUACACUACCUCAUUGACCCGCCAAAAUUCCGAAAUAUUUAAAUAAAUAAACUAGCGAACUGUCUUUCUUAACUGUUACAUCAAUAAAAGGUGACCCUAGCCCUUUCCAUAACUUUUAACAUAAAUUCAACUUGGGCUUCAACUUCGUUAUUUGUAAGACUAUUCAAAAACGUAUUAUUUGCCUUAAGGUUGAUUUCCACUGACGCGUUUUUGGCUACGCACGUUAACGCACAUAGAUUUUAAUUAUGUAAAUAAAAUAGAGGCAAGAUAAAAAGUGCUGAGCUUAAACGAGAAGUUGAGCGCGUUUUUGGCUACGCACGUUAACGCACAUAGAUUUUAAUUAUGUAAAUAAAAUAGAGGCAGAUAAAACGUGCUGAGCUUAAACGAGAAGUUGAGCGCGUUUUUGGCUACGCACGUUAACGCACAUAGAUUUUAAUUAUGUAAAUAAAAUAGAGGCAAGAUAAAAAGUGCUGAGCUUAAACGAGAAGUUGAGCGCGUUUUUGGCUACGCACGUUAACGCACAUAGAUUUUAAUUAUGUAAAUAAAAUAGAGGCAGAUAAAACGUGCUGAGCUUAAACGAGAAGUUGAGCGCGUUUUUUUGGCUACGCACGUUAACGCACAUAGAUUUUAAUUAUGUAAAUAAAAUAGAGGCAAGAUAAAAAGUGCUGAGCUUAAACGAGAAGUUGAGCGCGUUUUUGGCUACGCACGUUAACGCACAUAGAUUUUAAUUAUGUAAAUAAAAUAGAGGCAGAUAAAACGUGCUGAGCUUAAACGAGAAGUUGAGCGCGUUUUUGGCUACGCACGUUAACGCACAUAGAUUUUAAUUAUGUAAAUAAAAUAGAGGCAAGAUAAAAAGUGCUGAGCUUAAACGAGAAGUUGAGCGCGUUUUUGGCUACGCACGUUAACGCACAUAGAUUUUAAUUAUGUAAAUAAAAUAGAGGCAGAUAAAACGUGCUGAGCUUAAACGAGAAGUUGAGCGCGUUUUUGGCUACGCACGUUAACGCACAUAGAUUUUAAUUAUGUAAAUAAAAUAGAGGCAGAUAAAACGUGCUGAGCUUAAACGAGAAGUUGAGCGCGUUUUUGGCUACGCACGUUAACGCACAUAGAUUUUAAUUAUGUAAAUAAAAUAGAGGCAGAUAAAACGUGCUGAGCUUAAACGAGAAGUUGAGCGCGUUUUUGGCUACGCACGUUAACGCACAUAGAUUUUAAUUAUGUAAAUAAAAUAGAGGCAGAUAAAACGUGCUGAGCUUAAACGAGAAGUUGAGCGCGUUUUUGGCUACGCACGUUAACGCACAUAGAUUUUAAUUAUGUAAAUAAAAAAGAGGCAGAUAAAACGUGCUGAGCUUAAACGAGAAGUUGAGCGCGUUUUUGGCUACGCACGUUAACGCACAUAGAUUUUAAUUAUGUAAAUAAAACAGAGGCAGAUAAAACGUGCUGAACUUAAACGAGAAGUUGAGCGAGGUUCACCUUUUACGCUUACGACUGACCUUCAUGCAUUGCCUCUAUUUUAUUUGCGAACGUAAAUUUUACGCACGUACAAACAUAAAAAUUACGCGACACUGGAAAUCUCCCUUAUUGGAACUUAAUCCAGGGAAGACAUUACAUCCAUAAUGACUAGGUUUUUAAUUAGAAAUCUUCUCUUUCUAUUAUUAUUAUUAUUAUUAUUAUUCUAUUUAUUUAUUUAUUUAUUUAUUUGUCGUGGCAUGUCUGUAAAGUAGCUAAUUAGCUAAGAUCAUUGACCACGUUAAAUAAAGGGUAUUGAAUUGUUUUGUAUAGUGUAAUGUUAUGACUUAAGGCUUGGUUGGCAAUGGUGGAAUCGACCUUUUACGAAAGGGAAAUAGGCUUAGCAGCAUUAACCUGUUACUUAAAGUGGCUGUUUCUUUGCUUUGCUGUAUGUAGACCGAGAGCCUGAGGGACCCCAUGCUGGCAGCUCUACUUGAUGACAAGACGGAAUUUGUAGAACUCUUUCUAAGGAACGGGCUGAGCAUGAGGGAAUUUCUUACUCCUCAAAUCCUAUGUCAAUUGUAUACUGGGGUAAGUACCUCAUGAAAUAACAGUGAGAAAUUUAACAGAAGUCGCAGGGUAUGCUUAAAGGGACAAUGGAGCAUCAAGGUUGAAGUUAAAUUGCUGAAAAAUGAAACGCUUUUUAUUGACAAAUUAUUGCUUGCCACAUAGCAAAUUUGGAGGAUCCCUUGUCCACUCUCUUCUAGCUUUACUGAGAUGCAAUCCAAUGUUUUUGCCCACCGGUGCUCCUUGUUGACAUUUCCCUAUUUCUUGUACUGUUUUAAACAGUUUUUAAUUCUGAUAUAGGUAAGGCAAAAAUUGAGACAAUAGCGUGUCCUGACCCUUUUAUUAGGCUAUGUUCGUACUACACUGGGUAUUUUUUCACGUCUACACGUAAAGCUGUCCGGUAUAGCGUAGACCCAGCCUUAGUUUCCUUCAUGUUUAUUUCUUGAGAAAACACUUAAUCAGUUUUAUGCAAUAAAGGGAUCAGUAGAACAUUUCGGGGAAACUUUCCACCCACCCCUCCGCUAACCCAACAUUUUGCCCUACCUGAAACGUUAGCGUUAAAUGUGGGAUAGGGGAGGGGUAGGUGGGGACAGUUUUCUAGAAUCGUCAAUAGUGACUGAUCGGCGUUUAAAUUCGCUUUUUCAGGUUCCAAACAACAGUGUUAUUAAGCCGCUGCUUCAACAACAGUUGGUUUGUUUUGUUUUGUUUUUGUCUUUUGAUUUUAAGAAAGUUCUAAACUGUGGCCAUUCUUCUUUCUGUUUAUAAAGCUGAACCAGGUUGUUCGUAGGUCCUGGUCGUAGAUUUUGUCGGACGUUCUUUGCCUAACAUAUAGCCAUUCUUCGUUUUUUAGAGUAAAAAGAAUGUGAAAGAAGUUAACAUGUCCAUUGUUGGUGAAGUGAUUGAGAAUCUGAUGGGAGAUUCGUAUCAUAGUCUCUAUCUUCGAGAUCCACGAUACCUUCUUUAUACUGAGAAAUCCCGCAAAACUAGCCUGGAUACAUUUGUUUUUGGUAAGUGAUACCGUUACAUUACUUUAAGGCAAAUUGUACCACUAUUCCUUACCUUCUAUACAAAGCUCUCAUUGCUUAGAUACUUUCACCUUUUUUAAUAUAAUUUAAUGAAUGAAUUAAAAACAUCUAAGUUCAACCAUGAUCACAUGUGUGACAGAAAUUGGACAAUGUUUGUACAGAUUUGAGUAGAAUUUAAAAUGUCUUGUCAUCUCUCCAGUUGAAGAGGAGCUCUCUCUUUUUGUUGUUGUUGUUGUUGUUUUUUUUUUUUGAGGGGAGGAGGAGAUUGUACACAUGCUAAUCUUUCUUAAACUGGCCAUGAUUUCCACCUCUUCUAUUUUUUCAAAGACAAACUCUUCCUUUUAUUACCUAUUUCAUUGAAAAAUUACUGCUGAUCGGUUUACUUUCUAGUGAACCCUGUUCAGACCUUUGAUCCGCUUAAGAGACCGUUUCGUGACGUAUUCAUCUGGGCGGUCCUUAGUAACAGGAUAGCUAUGGCUAAACUGAUGUGGAUUAUGGGCCGUGAACAAAUCCCAAGUGCUCUCAUGGCAACCAGGCUUCUCAAGUCUAUGGCUUCAAAAUCAGCUUCUGAUGACACCAUCACAGACAUCAGUGUUGAGUUGUGUGAAAGUGCUGCGUGAGUAUCAUACAGGGAUGAAUGCGCCGGGCCAGGGAAAGUUCAUUGUAAGAUCAGGCUCUGUACUUGUAUGGGCAUUUUCGGGAUCCGGGGUUUGACCAAAAAACUGGGCGGGAACAACAAGUGUAAUAACUGAACCUAAGUGUUAUAAAGUUCCCAUCUUUAAUAACAUUUGGACCUAAGCGUAGUAAAGGUUCUAUCUGCAAUAACGUUCGGACCCAAGUGUAACAAAGGUCGCAUUUGUUAUGCUAUCGCGUUUUCCCCUCAAAAGGACCCUGAAUCACGCAAGUGCACUCCUCGUCUUGGAAUCUGAAGGGUUCUAAUGUUGUAGCGUGUAGCUUUGUCCAGCAACAGAACGGGGACGUCAGUUGACAACGGCCCGCGCAAAUCAAACAACUGUCUUGACCAAUUGCAGAGCGGCAAAUUGAACACCGGAAGUCGUGUUUAGUCUUUUCCACGCGCUUUCCCGUUGUCAACUGACGUUCGCGUCCUGUUGCUAAAUCAGCCUAUUGCAGACAAUUUUGCUCCGUGUGCCUUCGCCUUAUUGAGGCCCCUUGACCUAGCUUAUUUUGUCUGUGUCAACCUUGUAGUGAAUUUGAACAGGACGCAAUUGGCGUUCUACAGGAGUGCUACGAAGAAAACGAAACUCUAUCACAGACCCUGCUGGUGAAGGAACUGGAAUCAUUUGGUCAUCUAACAGCGCUCGAUCUGGCCGUGAUGGCCGAGGAUCAAAACUUUAUUGCGCAUGUCAGCUGUCAAGAAUUACUCACCCGACUCUGGAUGGGAACCAUGGCCAUGAACACAAGGUGGUGGAAGGUAAGAGAAUUGUACUUUGUAAUCCCUGGUGGUUAGGGUGGGGUGAGGUGGGAAAUGUGAUUGGAACUCUGUAGGAUUAGAAGCGGGUGGGUGAGUAGAUACCACAUGUUACUCACCCGACCCUGGAUGGAUGCCAUGAACAUGAACAUACGGUGGUGAGAAUUGCCUUUGACAGUCCCAUAGGGGUAGGGUUGGGAUGAGGUAAGGUACGAGAGUAGGGCGUUGUCGUUCGGUAGGGAUGAAUGGGUGGGUAUCAGCUGUAAUUUAUUUUAACUACACAACUUCGGCUGGAAGAUUAGACGCCUUGACCACGAGAUCGUGAUAAUGAAUUGUGAGAAAACUGUACCUACCUUUGGGGAUACGGUGAGGUUAAAAGGGGUUUGGAUCAGAGGGUACCACGAGUUAGAAAGUAAGCUAUUAGACUUAAAUCGAAGAAGUGUGAAUGAAGUUAGUAUAGGUAAUAGCAUGAUUUGUAAUGAUAUUUGGCAUAAAUACUACGAGUGAUAUUUCAAAAUUGUUAUACGUAAUUUGAGACAAUUUUGAAAUAUCACGAGUGGUAUUUAUGCCAAAUAUCAGUUACAAAUCAUGCUAUUAUUUGUUUAUAUUACUACCCGCAAAAGGUUUGUAAUUUUCACAUGUAGGUAUUUCAAAUUACGCUGAAAUACUACUGCUCUAAGCCAAUCAAAUUGCAGAAAUUUCUCCUGUAGUAGUAUAAAUUUAGUUAUUUGUUUUCAUUUUGUUUACUUAUCUCGCUGUCAAUGUCAUGAGCUUCCAUGUACUGACCGUUCCUUCCCAGAUUAGCUUGCUAGAGGCAAUUAUAUCAAUUAAAGAUAAAAGAUAAGAGAUUAAACUAGCUGGAUAAACUAAGUAGACUAAGUGCACUUGCCAUCAAUUAAAAAAACCUUUAACCUUUUAACCUUUAACGGCUGUCUGUUUUGUCUCUUCCAGAUCAUCAUCUGCACUUUUAUCCCAUUUCUCAUUUUCCCACUAAUUUAUUUUGUUCCUGACGAACAUCACGAGCGCGAGGCAGCCGCGCGACGCUCGCAAAAGAGUUUGACCAGUAAGAGUAUAAGAAACGUGGGGAGAGGAAGUCAAGAGGGUAUAGGAGCUGGGCGGGAACGAGCUGAUGGAGGAAUAGGAGGAGGAGGAGUUGAACUUCAGAAGAUUGACACCGCUAAUGGAAACGCUGUUACUGACGAGGAAUCUCAUGUAGGUUCUGAUAUUGAAGAUGUCGUGGACUAUAUUCCAGGUGAGCGAGCCAGGUCCGAAGAAAUCCAGCACAAACUGUCUAAACUUCUUUUCCAAAGAUUUCGUGUUUGUCGAAUUCAAAUUUUCUUAAAAACACCGUGGAAACGAGGGUUGAUAUUAUUUUGGGUAAAAGGUUUCUUUGAUGCCAGAACAGCCCCCUUCCGUUCCCCUCGGGGGACGCUAACGUAUGCAUAAGAGCACCUUUUUCACCUUUAGAACGGCAAUUAUUUACACAUGGUCAAUGUUUAUGAUGUCUCGAGCCUCAGUUGGUGCUUGCUCUGCGAUAGGCGUUCGUUUCCGCUUGUUGCAAAACAUCCUUUUUGUUUUCUCAAUUGUAAUCUUGUUAACCUAGAACAGAUACUGUUAAUACUUAUAAUAUUACUGUGAAAGGUGUGUAACUCUUCUGCUCCACUCUUCUCUGUUGGUUUUUCCAAGAUGACUUUGUUUUCCUUUUCAUUUCAGAGCUUCACGAUGAUAACGCCAUGGAAGUUAUAAUGCGAUCUAAAGACAUGACCAUUUGGGAAAGAAUUGAUUCAUUUUAUGCCGCGCCCUUUACCAAGUUCAUGGGCAAUUUGGUAACUGCUCUAAUAAUUAUAAUUCUUUUUGUUUUUGAAAAUACCGUAAACUGCCGCUUAAAAGCUCCCCCUCUCUCCCCUUCUUAUAAGUUCUCCCCCCAUUAUAGCCCCAUCUUCAAAAAUUCACACCCGAUUAUAAGACCUCGCCCCCUCCUCCGGAUAUAAGAUAAGCUCCAUGUAACUUGUAUUGAAAUGAAUUCGAUAUAUUAUGAGGUCUUAAGGCAUGCUUCCGCAAUAAUUUUCUGUUCGAAGCCUUACAAACAAAAGGAAUAUAUAACGUAAUCGCUUUUUCCCAGUUUUCAAUUGAAAAUACUACAAAACUGACAGCGUUCAUGUCUCCUGUUUUUUAAAAAAAGUCAUAAAAGUAAAAUGCUGUGUAAUUUCUUAUUGAUGUCAUUCCAUGUUAUUAUUGCAGGUGUCUUACAUAGCAUUCAUAGUGCUUUAUGCUUACGUCAUUACAAUGUACUUCCCAAAGUUUGACUCUAACGCGACUCUUGGCGGUCUGAGUGUGGUGGAAAUUAUUCUUUACUUCUGGAUCUUUACAAUCAUCUUAGAGGAAAUAAGACAGGUUUGUGUGCACACUGUAUUGUGUUCUUACUCUACUGGUGUUUACACUACAUUAUUUUCACCCCUAUACUGGAUAGCUGUUGCGUCGUUUCGGAAACCAUAGCGAAUACCGUAUUUACACGAAUAAGCGCUCGGCGCUUUUCAUGCCUCAAAUGCGGCGUUUAGUUGAGGACGACGUUUACUUGAAAGUUGGACGCGACAAAAAAUUGUUUUAAGUACGGUAAUAUUAUCAUUAUUAUUAUUUUUCGUAGUAAACUAACAUUAACGCAUUUUGACUUCGAUGUUAUCGGGCUUCCUUUUUGUUUCGUUUUUAUUAUUUUUUUUUUUUUGUCGCAAAUGCGGCGCUUAUUCGAGCAAAUCAGUAGGGCCACUGUUGACACACAAGGAGCGGUGAUUUCGGCCGUGAUUUCUGUAACGAGGCGAAGCUGUGCCGCGCCGAUCUUGAAGGUAGAUCGUCACAUAUCGGAUAGGUUUCUUCCACUCUUCUAAAAAAUCGCUGCUGAAUCCAAGUCAAUAGUUAUCGGUAACUAACAAACGACUUAUUGACGUACCUAUAUUUUUGAUGUUUUAAGUCUUAUUCCUAUUGUGUGUGUGUGUGUGUGUUUUUUUUUUCAGCUCUUGUCUCAACAGCCCAAGAGCUUUGGCGACAAACUCAGCGUCUAUUUCAGUGACACGUGGAAUGUAGUGGACACGUUUUCCCUGCUUGCUUUUGUAGUUGCCGUCUUCCUGCGAUUUUUUGAUUCAACGUUUGAAGCUGCCCGGAUAAUUCUCUCCUUGAAUAUUAUUGUAUUUAUUGUGCGAUCGCUACAGAUUCUCUCCGUCAACAGGCAGCUCGGUCCCAAACUUGUCAUGAUCAGAAAAAUGGUAAGAAUACAUGGACAAAACGAAUUGUGUCAACUUAAAAUGUCUGGUUAAACUAUGCCUUAGGAUUCAUUAGUCAUGGUGUUUUAACUUACGACGAAAUUAGGCAGCGAGCACUCUCUCUUUUCUUCAGAUUUAGUAAGGGGAGGACGCGCGCGAGGAACGAGGGCGGCAGCCCGCGCGUUGUCAUUUUCGUGUCCAGCGCGUUUCGCUUGACUGACUAAGAAAAAAAAGAGACAGUUCGUAGUCUUCGACACAGAUGACAAGGGGCUAUUAGGCAGCACUUUUCUAUGGUAAUGUUGAUUUUUCCUUUAACUCUUAAGAGAAAUUCAGAGAAGGACUGGUUAAUAGACGUCGAAUAAGCCGUAAAGUAAUUUAAGGAAGGAUAUGGGCGGAUGGUGGGGUUUGAGGGAGGGGUCCAAACUUCCACACUUCUUCGUUGUUCACACGCUUUCAUGUUUUCGUUACAUCGCAUUUUUUCAUUCUUUCGUUGGAUAGUUCGUUUUUGUUCAUUCAUUCAUUUAUUCAGAUGCACGAAUGAAAAUACAGCGUAUACGUUAUGGCUAACAGGCGAGGUGUUUUGGAAACCUUCGUUGAUAAACUUACUAGCAGGUGAAUGUUGUAUGCGAUCAUGCCGUGGUAAAAAAUCUGUGUUCUGUUGGCCUCAUUUGGGGAGAGGAUUAGGAAGCCCUGGGGCCCAUUUCUCGAAAGCCCCGGUAACGUUUCGGGCCCGAAAUCAAAUUUUCAAAUCGAAAUAUGAAGAAUAAGAGCGCGGGUCCUGGCUAGCAAACUACUCCAUUUUGUUUCAUUAACUGAUAGUUUUAUCAUGUUAGAUGCAAAACUGCUGAAACCUCUACCUUGCAUGUAAACAACAACCUUUAAUUAUCGGGACUUUCGAGAAACGGGCCCCUGGUCCCAUUUUUCCUAACUAUGGGGCUCUGGCUUUGCUCUGGCCCCAGUUAUUCGAAGUCAUUCAGUAACGGGUUUGUCAUCUUAUUUUGUUUUAUUCUUUCUCACGGCAGUUGGAAGAUUUAAAACAGUUUGUGUUCAUCUUGCUCAUAUUCAUCAUUGCCUAUGGAAUAGCACUGCAGGCGGUGUCGUUCCCAGGCCCCGGAAAGUUCCAAAGGGGCUUCUGGGAAGUCUUACGAGGAAUAGUAGACUUACCUUACUGGCAAAUGUAUGGCGAGCUUUUCCUCGAGGAAAUAUCAGGUAACUGUCCUGGGUGUUACCGGUCGGGGUGGGGGGAAGGCGAGAGGGGCGCGCGGAGGGUAGUGCUAGUAUCCUGGAAUUCCUUUAUUGAAGGUUGUUCAACAACAACUGCAACAAUCAAUAUUUAUUAGUGUAAUGUGGAGAAAAAAAAGAGUUUAAAUUACAUGUUGACAGUUAGCAAGAUAAGGAGCACACCCACUUUGAAAUAGCAAAUGUUAGUCGUGCUAAGUUGCUGGCCCUGCGGAGAAAAAUAUUUACAUAUGUGUUAAAUAAAGAAAUAGACACGUACACAUACAAAAAGAAAAAACAAACAAACAAAAACAAAAAAAAUUGCUUCAACCAAUCAGAAGCCCUACCCGGCGUAUCUGGGCGUCCCCUAAUGUCCUCUGCUUUCUCAGGCUUAAUUUUUUUGAUAUUCUGUUUGUCUUAUUUUAGGUCAAAAGCCCAUUGAGUACGCUGAAGUCCACCCUACUGCCCAGUGGCUAUCUCCAGCUCUUCUGGCUGGAUACAUGUUGUUCACAAAUGUUCUUCUUCUUAAUCUUCUUAUUGCCAUUUUCAGGUAAGUUUAAUUUCCCUCGUAUGCACAUAAAUUAUUAAAAAUUGCCAAAUUACCAAACGAUAUUAACACAACUCAGAUAAUCAGAGGCGUGUCUCAGUUUCAAAUGUUUAUUCACACUUAUUGCAAUUAUAUUUACAUUGAUUAGACAGUGACAAAAGAAUAGGAUAAUGCCUGAGCUCUGAGGCCUUCUUAAAAACAAUAACCGAGCGCCCAGCCGCAAGAAAGUGAUGAGUAUAUGGAAAUCGUGUACAAGAACUGUUGUACAAAGAAUUAAAUGUGUUUCUCAGGAUUCCUUUUCUGCAAAAGUUACAUCAACAACUGCCAUGAUCGUCGUGGCGUCUUUCGUUCCCCGUUUCGGCUCUUUCGAACGUAACCCCUUUUCCUCCACUUCUACGCGUGCCUGGUGGUUAAGUGAAAAAUGACAAAAACGACUGUACAGAGAGGGGCAAGGCCUAGUGGACAUGAUUACAAACUCUGAAUAUUUCUUUAAUUUCUAGUUAUACUUUUGAGCGGGUUCAAGAAGACUCAGAUAAAGUGUGGAAGUUUCAGCGUUACGAACUGAUCGCUGAGUAUCACGGCAGACCUCUGUUUUUUCCACCGUUAAUCUUCAUCUCUCAUAUCCUGCUUUUUAUACGUUGGAUCUGGCAGCUGUGUCGAUGUGGCAAUCCACCUUCUGGCAGCUCGAUGAGUAAGUUGUCAUUUAUGUUUCUGGGAAAGUGCCCGCCCACCUAAAUUAACGUUAACACUUAGUUCUCACUUGGGGCAAAAUGUUGGCUUAGGGGAGGGGUAGGUGGGCAGUUUCCCAGAUACCUAAAUUUGAUCCGUAAAUUUAUCCUAAAGGCUGGUUUUCACUGGCGACGGAGUCCGAGUCGGAGUAGUAAUCAGAAGCGUAGAACUUUACGAUCUAGUGAAAACAGCAUUCUGCUAAAUGUUCACAACACUUGAACGGUUGUUUGUCGUAAAGGAUAGCGCUGAAGUUCACCGUGAAACACAUUUGAUCUUGUGUUCAGAACUCUCGCAAAAGUACGCUUUGCGAAUUUAUAUAUCGCUGGACCGAAUUUCUCGUAUUGAAGGGGUAGAAUGUUCCUCGUCUUUUCAGAAAUCUCACUUACUGAUUACGAGCAAGAGCAGUUGAUGAACUGGGAGUUCCAAGGUGCGGAAUAUUACAUGCAUACGAAAAAAGCGGAGGAAAAUAACACUAUGGAAAAACGAGUCUGCACGUUAGGAGACAGGUAUCAACCUUAUUCAACAAACCUGAAAAUAAAAAAAAAUUAAAUAAUAUUUUUUUGAGUUGAUGGCCCGUAAUUCCCCCUCCUUUUGAAAGUACAUUGGUUACACUGGCACUGACUACUGUCAGUACUUUACAGGGGUUUUUCAGUUGGUUUCUGCAUCAAAGAAUAAUAAAUAAACAAGUAAAUGAAUAAAUAAAUAGGUAGGUAGUGGCAGAAAUGUGUCAUUAUAUGCCUUUCAGGAAUGUCUCGCUAUUUAAUGGUAUCAAAAUCCCAGAAGAUCCAAAAUGAGAGAUUGUCAUGCCUGAAAAGUGGUUUUUCAGGGAGAACUUGGUUGAUUUUACCAGGAGCUCUUUUUUUAGCCAACAGCACCUAGAAAAAUUGAGGGGACUACCCGGCCCGGGUGAUGGUAGAAAUUCCUGAAAUUCAGUUUUAUGCACUGAACGUAACACACACCAUUCUGACUGCAUGGGCGCGCAAAUUUCUACCAGAUCUUUACGAAAGAAGCCUGCAGAACAGGUUUUUCGCGUUGUUCAGGUAAGCGAAGGCAGGCGAGGAGCGCGAGACCCCUAUCGCAUGUGUCUCGUGCUCCACGCCAGCUUCGUGCUUCGUUCGCCCGAAAAACGAGAAAAAAUAAGCCCGUUCUGCGCUCUAUCAGGAAAGAAACCUUAGUUACCUUUGAUCAUUAGGCUAGAUGAUGCGACAGCGAAGCUUGAUCGCUUGAUGGAGUGUGUCCUGGAUACUACAAGCGCUGAAGACGCCGAGGGAUCUCCUACAACACCAGCAACUUCCCAACAACCAACUUAUGAGUGGCGACCGCCGACACGUGACGUGGGAGGAUUAGAGAGGAGACUGGCACGAAUGGAAGAAAACGUUGCCUCCAUAUUUGAAACUGUCAAGACCAUGGUUGAUUUACUUCAUAAUCAGAGGGUAGGGAAUAAUUAUAGACUUUGGUUGCCAGUAUAGCUACUGAGCAGCGUAGCGAAAAGGCGUUGGUUUAUGAGUGAAGUGAGAGUCGAAGCGUAACGCUCGCCAUGAAAGCUGUAUUGGAUUAUGUUGAUCAUUGAGAAAUUGAGCGCUGUGACUACCAAAGACAUUGUUUUGAACCCGAAGAUAUAUAUUUCGACCCCUCACUACAGACCUUCCAUUUAAGUUUUUUUAUAACUUAAAAAUAAUAGUUUCAACGUCAGUAAUGUUUCCCCUUCUUUAAACUCCUUCCAUGCUACCUAACUACCGUAUUUAUUCGAAUAAGCGCCCAACCUCGAAUUAGCGCCCACCUCGAAUAAGCGCCCAUACUAAAGGCAGAAAAAGUUAAUAAGCGCCCAGCCUCGAAUAAGCGCCCACCCCCUCCUCCUCCCAAUCAAACUCAAAUAAGCGCUCACCCCCACCCCACCCUCUUGAGUGAAUAAAUUCUAAUAAGAGACUUCCCCGAGGACGGAGUUUUCUUCAAAGUAUUUUACAGAAAUCUUGCUUUGUUCCUUCCUCGCGUUUUGUUAUUAGCAUUUCUUGUUUUGUUGCAAAAUAAACAUACUUCACUUGCUGAAAAUGGUGAAAAUUUAAUAAGCGCCCAGCCUCGAAUAAGCGCCCACCUCGAAUAAGCGCCCACCCUCAAGGUCCAAAAAUUUAAUAAGCGCCCAGGGCGGUUAAUCGAAUAAAUACGGUAAAUGUGUGAUAGCGUUUGGAUAUCUAAUCCAGCGGUGGUGAGUGGAAUUCUCACCGGGGUGAGUGGGGUCAAAUGUUGUUGUUUUGAUUCCUAUCACUGACUUCACUUUUCGCUAUAAAAGUUGUAGUUCAGUAGGAAUUGCUUUGAUUUUCUUAGACUUAUGAGCACUUACGAAAAAUACUUACAAUGGUAACAGAAAAUAAUUUCAGGGGCAGUCACUGGCGCUUCGCCUAGAUAUAAUAUUUUAGUAACUUGUUUUUCGUACUUUGUGUAGGUUGAAAAUACAUCUUCGAAUCCCGUGGGUAAGUAACAGCAAAUGUCGUCUGUGAUUUAGGUUGGGUUAUCCGAUGUUUUCAAAAUUCCCUCCUCAGAGUCCUUGUGGCUGCACGAAUGGUGACAUCGUGUUCCUCCGCCGUUUUAGUUUCAGAGCCUUGGACUACGAGGGUGAAAUUGAGUACAAAUCUCAAACCAAAUUUGUACGCAUCGUUACAGCUAUUCAGGAAGGAUCUAAGAGGCUUGAAUUAUAUAAACGACUUUUCAAAGCAGCACUCUAUAUUUUUAGAGAAUAAGCCGCUUGUUAAAAAUGUUAUUGGUUUUAUCCACAUUUCCGACGUUCUCUUUACAACGGUAUUUCUUCUUUUGGGGGUAUUCAAUUAGUUUUCCUUUAAUACUUGUUUUUCUGUUGUUGUUGUUGUUGUUGUUGUUGUUUUUGUUGCGCUCGGAACACUCCAAACACUUAUAAAAAUACUUCUUGUUGUUUUAAAUACUACGAGAAAUUUCUGAACCCUAAAGAUGGGAGGCAGCCUUCGUUGUCAUCAUCUUUCCGUUUCUCCGUCUGGCAAAGAAAGAAGCCCGUAUUUGGUAAUUUUUUUGCUAUUUCUCUUGCAGACCCUGCGCCUGCAAACAUUCUUGAUUUGAGGCCAGUGGCAUCAGCAUUUGUUCAUCACAAGGCGCGAGCAACACCCUACCCACAAUGCGCCGCGAAGAGAUUCCCGGUCCCGGAUGAAAACGUGCCCUGGGAAGUAAGUGAAUAUAUGUCCGAGGAGAGUUGCCGCUAUUAAUGAGCGGAGAAAGGACCACUUCGAAUGCGUCUUUCCCGUUCUUAGUAAAUACUUUUAAUCUGUUUCUUGGCAGAGUUAAACCUGCGUAGCUGUACUAUCUCUUUCCUUUAGCCAAGCGGGAAAAGGGCGGGAGACAAACAAUGGCAUGGGGAAAAAAGAGCAAAAAAUUAUUGAUCUCCCAGAUGUUAAAUGGGCUGCAGUGUCACUGCUAUCUAGUUCAGUGUGUUGUUGUUGUUGCCAAUUACGCUUUCUUAUGCGUUAUGGAACUUAACGUUAACGAAGAAAUUACUUGUAAAUGGUAAAAUCACGGCUUCUUGUCCAACAAAGAUACUUCCUAAGCCUUAUAUCAAACGUUUCAAACAACAAAAAUGAACUCAAAAAAAACUGUUAGGCUAGCAGUUUUUCAAAACCUCACAAUUUUAUUAUGUGUUAAUCUUCUUCAAGUUUGUCCGUCCUUGCCUACUCUUUUCUGUGCUUUGUUGUUUAUACCUUCUUUAUUGUUUUGAGCGAUUAUUUUGUAUUCAAUUUGUUUGCAGCUCCUACUGUUAGAAUUUUGAUAAAUUUCGUGACACAGCUCGUUUAAAGAGGUUGUCGAAUAACAAAAUGACAGGACUUUUGCCCGGGCCAUAAAGCGUGGUCGUGGAAGGUGGUGUUAAUUUGACAUUACACUUAAUUGAUUUAUUUUUCAUUUUGUGUACUACCAGGUAGAAUUUCCAGAGUACGAUCCUGUAAACUACACUGCUCCUGUGGUGUUGAAAAAGCCCCCAUGGGCUGACACUGAUUUAAUGAACAUGUAAGUCUGUAAAAUGCUUAUGACAACUGUAGAUGAACCUGUUAAUUAAUAUUUUAUAACACUCUUCCACGAUUAUUGUUUUCAAGUUUUGAUGAAGACCAGUCAGCGAAUAUCCAUUGAUACCGCUGGCAAGAGCGCCUUAAAAUUACGGAACGUACCACGUUCAAGGAUGAUACGUUAAACGUGAGCGAAGAUAUUGCUCUACAAACUCGCGAAAUUUUACAGACGUUUGUAUGUUGGGGGACGAACUUGCCGCGACCAUGGACCAACGUCUGUAAAUCUUCGGCGACUCUGUAGGGCAAUAUGUUCGUUAUCCCGCUGAAUAUUACCUUUAUUUUUCAGGAUACCUUCAGUGCGACCGCCGCUGGCGUACAACAGGCUUGACGAGGAACAUCGCGUGAACCGCGCAAGUCACAUGGGUCCUUACCGCGUCAUAGACGGACUGCCGCUGUAAGUGUUCUUACUUAGAGUGGUAAACUCGUUUAUCGUUUGCCUUAAGAAAGUCACUUUGUCCUUGAUCCCGACGUUUCGACUGCGUUUUGUCAUUGUAACAACUGUUCUAUACAGUCGGCCACCUAUCCGCAAAGGCCUCUGUUUUUUGUCCCGGCGGACAGUCCAUACAUUAACUCUUGUUUAAACCUCUCUACAACGGCAACGGCCACAAAAGCGUGUCACCAACUGCCAAAAUAACCUCUCUUUAAUCUUGUCUUUUUCUUGAGUAAGGAAGAAAAAUGAGACUGCCUAAAUCGCGUCAAACCCUUUAAGUCAACGAAGCCCGGUCUUCUUGUUUUCUCUCGUCAAACUGGUUUUCUGUGUGCGAGCAUCCGUUUAUUGAUAAACCGCUGGUCAUGACUGAGACCGCUGUACCAAGCGCAUGCGUACGGAUAUUAGGCCUGGGUUGGAAACUGUAUCCCGGCAACAUGCAGCACAUGCUCAACAAAGAUCUAAAUUUGAUUCAUGCAGAGUCUUUCUCGUGUAGGCCAAAAUCGAGCAAGUGAAAGAAAGGCUCUGCUAGCAGGGUGCUCCAUCCUCUGCAGUAUAUUAGUAGUCCAUUUUUUUCAUAGUAAAAUUACCGCUGAAUAUAAGCACCAAUGGCACAUUAAUAAAGAUGUAGCCUCGACCUGAAGUAAAAUAUUCACAAAUAUCUGUAAAAAAAGAGAAGCUGAAAUGUGAAAUGAACAAAAGACAGAGUAUUGCGCUCAUGUGUUAAUAUUUUCACCUCAGUUGGAGGCUGACCUUGUAAGAAUGUGUCUUCAGUGCAUAUAUUCGGCGAACUGGACCACUGGUUGUUUAAAAUUUGCAUAGUCACAUUUUACGAUUAAGAUUAUACGAUGGAAUGCUGUCUUUUAAAUUCAACCUUUACAAGAGGACUAAAAUACCUGCUGCUUUCUCUCCCCAGUAACCCAAUGGGACGCACGGGCAUGAAAGGACGAGGACUCCUGGGACGUUUUGGUCCUAAUCAUGCGGCUGAUCCCAUUGUAACGAGGUAAAUGAAAUCUUUGUUAGCUCUACUGUUUUCUUUCUUUCAUUUUUUGUUUCCGUGGAAGCUGAUUACAAUAUCUUUCAAAUCUCAUCAUCUUUUUAUUCCAGGUGGAAACGAACCAGUGGCGGAGUCAUGCUGGAUGGAGGCAAGAAAGUUCUUGAGUUUGUCGCCAUUCAGAGAAGGGAUAACAGCCAGUGGGCCAUACCAGGGGUAAGUUUGAAUUACUGCAAGCCAUCACGUGAUCACUCGCUGAUUCGCUCUAAGGGCUGGCGCCCGAAACUUCAGCUACUCAAUCCUUCUACAGUGGCCAAUCUACCCUAUAGAGACCUUUGAAUUCGAGGACGCGAACGACUUCGAGUACGAAAUUUGACGAGGUUUUUUCGCGUAUUCCUACGUACUCGUCGUCGUUCUCGUCUUAGAAUCUAAAGGUCUGUAUGUAUAAAACCUUACUAUAUAAAUAUAAUAUAAAUACUUAAUUAUCCAUCACUUCAUUUGGAGUUGAAGAACCCAGAGAAUAUCAUUUUAAAAACUACGACCUUUUUAGCGCACUGCAGUGGCUCUGCAGAUGCAUUAUAGGUAACGUGAUAACUUGACAGGGUCGAUGUUGUAUCAAAUUGCAUCGUGGGACGAAUUUUGACCCAGUUUCCUCCACAACCAGGUAAUAUCCAAUGAAAGAAGCGACAACAUCCCUAAAACAAUCCCACAGUGCAAUUUGACACAGUAAUGACGCUUUCUCAAGCGACUGUUCUGUCAGCUUAUGAAAUAGCCACUCGAUAAGUUUUAGAAAACAUUUUUCAACUUUCUAAAAAAACCUAAGGCGCGUGCAUGGCGAUCACAUAAGUCAAGGUUGAGUGACCCAAGCCGCGCCAAUUCGGUUGUUUGUUAAUACUGUAACCGGGGCCACCUGGACAAAGUUGACCAAUCGGAUUACAGGAAAAUAACAAUACAUUCCGAGAAAGUUAGUUGUUAAUUAUGAUUACCGCGAAACGAAAUAAACAGCAUGGAUCCAAAUCAAACAAUAACAACCUGCAGACUUGACCUUUUGAACGCGCUGAGGAAAGCCUGUGUUUCCUGAGAGGUCCGUUAGAGUGUGUGACAGAGGCGAAAAAUGUAAACGUUUGUUAUAAUUUUGACUUGAGGUCGCGUGUUAUUGCAAGGCGCGACAAUGGUAGCGAGGAAAGUGCUUGCAAAUUACAAAAUAACAGCUUGUCUCAAACAAAUAUGUCUCCUGUGUGUUACAUGUGAAGUUUCUAAUAGAAAAACAUUGUCUGGUGAAACAUUUUGCUCUCUUGAAAAACGUCUGCUAUCAAUAUUUAAGUUUUGUGCUUCGAGUAACUUAUUGUUUGUUUUUUUUUUUACAAGCUGCUGAUUGGCCCACAACCAACUUUCUUGGAAUGUAUUGUUAUUUUCCUGUAAUCCGAUUGCUCAACUUUGUCUACGUGGCCCCGGUUACAGUAGUCGCACUGUAAGAAUUAAAAGGGAAAAGGGAGUUUCUUUUUGUAGUUAAAAGCGGAAAACGCUUUUGGGCCUGGAAACUAGUUUCUUUAGCGAGGCUGUGAAAAGCAUAAGUUUGUGUGUGUUUAUUUAUUUAUUGUUCAGGGUAUGGUUGAACCAGGCCAAGUUGUGACCCAAGCCUUGAAGGCCGAGUUUGGGGAGGAAGCGAUGGCAAAACUUAGUGUUACUGAUGACGAAAGAGAGAAGAUUAGCGUGUUGGUCGAAAGACUCUUCAAAGAAGGAGUUGAGGUAAGUUGUUGCUCAAAUGAUACUCGACGGAGAUAAAGUCAUAAAUUAAUAGGAUACUAUUUUGUAUGUUACUGUCAACCUAAAAGCAAUGCACGCCUACGAUCAGUUUUAAAUGUGAACCAACCACACAAAUGAUCGUAAAAGUAGGCCUGUAAGCAGUGAUGAAUAAAGUGUUACGAAUAAACCCGGGAGUUACGGUUAACACUGCUAAUACGAACCUGUUGAUUAAGAACCUCCUGGCAGAAAUUUGCCACUUUAAUAUCCCAAAAAAUACAAGAACCUGUUUAGUCAAGCAAGAUCAAGCAGGUUCUUUUAUGUGGGUUGCAGUUAAAUUAUGAUAAACAAUUUAACAAAGGAGUGUAACUUUGAGUUGUAAAUUUAAGUGUAACAAGAACAUACUGUACUAAGCUGUAUAUAAAUUUGUCAAUCCGUUUUGUUAGAGUUAUGAUAAUGCAAUUGUGAAUAAAUAGAAAGCUUAUUUAUUUUUCUGGUAAUCAAUAAUCUAUUAUCUCCUUCAUAAGAAAUAAGAACCUAAAUUGCCAAUAAGUACUCCAAAAUACAAGAACCUGUUUUGCCGCAGACUUAAAAAAAGGUUGGUUGGUUGGUUGUUAUAAGCGGGAGUUUACUGUAUUCCUUAUAAUGGCCUAUGCGGGGAGGCUCCGCCCGAAAGGGGUACCUUUUACAGGCUUCGGGUAUAUGAAAGGGUGGGGAUUUCAUAAGUUGAAGUAUAUAAAAGGAUACAGGAAAAUGUGUCAUUUCGGUCUGUCAAGAGGUCCAAAAGGGCUAACAGAUGUAUUUUAUAGCUGUGAAAAGUCGAGAAAAUUUUCUAGUUUUGUGAUUUAUUCAUACCGUAGAGUUCCGAAAAUAAGCCCCUUCAAAUAUAAGCCCCCCAAACCGGUAACGCAAAAAACCCUCCGUUAAAUCGCACCUCCAAAUAUAAGCCCCCGGGGGCUUGUUCUUGGAAAAUUGCCCUCAAAUGCAAAGUAAAACAAAGAAAAACAGUAGAUUUCCUUCCAACUAUAAGGCUAGCCCAAUCAAUUUUGAAACUCAAAUUUCCCUCCUUAGAUAAGCCCCUCCCAAUAUAAGCCCCUCCAAAAAUGAGCCGCUUAAAAAGGGCCUUUGAAAAAUUUAAUCCCCGGGGCUUAUUUUCGGAAUUUUACGGUAUUUAAAAGACAAUGAAUUUACGGCAGUUUAAAGGGAUGGAAAGUUCUAAACUAGGCAUGUCAAAACGUUUCAUUUGUCAAUAGAAGGUAUGCGAAAGGGGUAACUUUUCUGUCUGACUUUUCUGGUGAGUGAUAAAAGAGUAAAAGGUUGGGCCUCGGGGCAGAGCCUUUCCGUAUAAAACUCUUUUGAGUACCCCCCCCGUGGAAGACAAACGAAAGACCAAAUCGAAAAUUCCCUUGCAUGCGUGACAGGUAUCAUGAUGCUUUUGCAGGUUUACAAAGGUUACGUUGAUGAUCCGCGAAACACAGAUAACGCGUGGAUGGAGACAGUGGCAGUGAAUUUUCAUGAUGAUACUGGAGAAGUGUUCAGUGAAUUCAAAUUGCAAGUGAGUAACCUGUUCAGACUGUUCUCUUCUGAAGUGUCGCGUAGCGUGUCUGUAGACAUACACGUCUGGUUAUAUAGUUUGUGAAGGAAACGUCUUUCUCAUAGACUUAAAAAAUUGUGACAAAAUUCUAUUUCUUUGUUUUUUUUUUUUUUUUUGGUCCACAGGCAGGAGAUGAUGCGGCUGCAGUACGCUGGCAGAGAGUCAGCGGUAACAUUCCGCUCUUUGCAAGUCACGUGUCCAUUUUAGAGAAAGUAGCAAAGAUGAGAAAUGCUGCAUUUUAACCAUAGUUCUCUGAAAAUACAAGAAGUUCAUAAGUAGCCGCCUCUUUAUUGAAACCGUACUUGUUAUACAAGAAAAAAAGGCUACCGAACCAAUACGUGGUUUUAAGGGCCUUACGAAGCAAACUAACUCUUUGCUACCUCUUUGUAUAAAAUAGAAAACAUACGUCGUGGACGCAAACUGUGGUCUUGGAAGAACAAAUGUUAUUUUGACCGGAACCAAAAGUAUUUUAUUACGACAGGGAAGCAAUGAUUUGCAUCGGCGUGACAUUGUUUCUUGUGCGACUAAACUGCUUCCCAUGACUGUUUCUUUGUUUUGCCAUAUCCUUGUUUAAAUAAAAUGAUAAAACAGUUCACUGUAAAUCAGAAAGAUCUGUUUUAGCCCUUAAAAUGGGGCCGUUUCGGUGAGUAAAACAC